AUGAGAAUUAGCAACUUGAUCGUUGCGGCUUCUGCCGCCAGCAUGGUGUCCGCUCUCCCCAGCCGCCAGAUGAAGAAGCGUGACUCUGGCUUCAAGUGGGUUGGUACUAGUGAAUCCGGCGCUGAAUUCGGCUCCGCCCUCCCCGGCACCCUGGGAACCGACUACACCUGGCCCGAGACCUCCAAGAUCCAGGUCCUGAGAAACAAGGGCAUGAACAUCUUCCGUAUUCCCUUCCUCAUGGAGCGUUUGACUCCCGAUGGCUUGACCAGCUCUUUCGCUUCGACUUACCUCUCUGACCUGAAGUCGACUGUCGAAUUCGUUACCAACAGCGGUGCCUACGCUGUCCUUGACCCCCACAACUACGGACGUUUUGAUGGAAGCAUCAUUACUUCCACCUCCGACUUCAAGACCUGGUGGAAGAACGUCGCUACCGAAUUUGCCGACAACGACAAGGUCAUCUUCGAUACCAACAACGAGUACCAUGACAUGGAGCAGUCCCUGGUUCUGGACCUCAACCAGGCUGCUAUCAACGGUAUCCGUGCCGCUGGUGCCACCACCCAGUACAUCUUCGUCGAGGGUAACGCCUACACCGGUGCCUGGGACUGGACUACCUACAACGACAACCUGUCUGGCCUGACCGACAGCGAGGACAAGAUCAUCUAUGAGAUGCACCAGUACCUUGACUCCGACAGCUCCGGUACUUCCGAGACCUGUGUCAGCUCCACGAUCGGCCAGGAGCGCCUCGAGAAGGCCACCGAGUGGCUGAAGACCAACAACAAGCAGGGUAUCGUCGGUGAAUUCGCCGGUGGCGUCAACUCCGUGUGUGAGGAGGCUGUCGAGGGUAUGCUCGCGUACAUGUCCGAGAACUCCGACGUCUGGGUUGGUGCUUCCUGGUGGUCUGCCGGUCCCUGGUGGGGAACCUACAUGUACUCUCUGGAGCCUACCGAUGGCACCGCCUACUCCACCUACCUGCCCAUCCUCGAGAAGUACUUCCCUAGCGGUGAUGCUUCCGCCUCCAGCUCGGCCUCUGUCUCCGUUGCUGCUGCUACCUCCACUGCUUCCACCACCACUGCCGCUUUUGAGCAGACCACCACCCCCGCCACCCAGGGUCCCUCGGCUACCAACUCUGCUGGUGAGGUGAACCAGUACUACCAGUGCGGUGGUAUCAACUGGACCGGCCCUACCGUCUGUGCCAGCCCCUACACCUGCAAGGUCCAGAACGACUACUACUACCAGUGCGUUGCUGAGUAA